AUGGCCGGGACAGGGGCGCCGGGUGGGGGCGGCGCGACGACGAUGCUGUCGUCUCCUGGUUGCCCUAGGGUUCCGGUGGAGGUGGUUGGAACCCGCGGCGCGAUGGGGCAAGAGGAGCAGGCGGACGUCGUGGAGGAACCGGCGGUGGCGGCGCCCUUGGCCGCGGUUGAGCGCGUCGUCGGCUGCGGAGAGCGGGGCGGGGGCGGGAGCCGGGCGGCGUGCGCGGGCGGGCGGCGGUUCGGCCCGGCGGUGGCGGCGCCCUCGGCCGCGGUUGAGCGCGUCGUCGGCCGCGGAGAGCGGGGCGGGGGCGGGAGCCGGGCGGCGGUUCGCGCUGGGAGCUGCGGAGGUAGGCAGUGGCGGAGCCUGAAGGGAAAUACAGAGGGGGCCAAUUUAUCAAUUGAAUCCAUAUGUAUAUAA